AUGUCCACCCCCACUAGUGAGAAGACCCUCUUCCUGGGCAGCUUUGUACACAGCAAAACUCUAGGGAACUUGGAAUUUCUCCAUGAUUCGGCUGUGUGUGUUGACGAGAAGGGUUUGAUCGUUGCUAUUGAGAGGGAUUGUGACGAAAAGAAGGUCCAGGAGAUCGUCCUCCCCAGGCUCGGCUGGACCGCUGGUGAGAUUUCUGUGUGGACUUCUCAACAAGGACAAUUCUUCUUCCCAGGCUUCGUUGACACCCAUAUCCACGCCUCCCAAUACCCCAACGCCGGGAUCUUUGGCAAGAGCACCCUCCUCGACUGGCUGAACACCUACACGUUCCCAAUGGAAAGCAGCUUGUCAGAAGCCUCAAAGGCAAAGAAAGUCUACAGCCGAGUCAUUGAACGCACGCUCUCUCACGGAACCACCACCGCUUCAUACUACGCCACCAUCUCCGUGCCAUCCACCAACCUGCUCGCGGAUCUCUGCCUCGAAAAAGGUCAACGGGCAUUCAUCGGCCGCUGUUGUAUGGAUUGCCUUGCACCAGACUACUAUCGCGAUGAGUCUGCUGCUUCAUCGCUUGCGGAUACUAGAGCAACGAUUACACAUAUUGCUGGUAUUGACCCUACUAAUGCUCUCAUCACACCUAUCAUAACGCCGCGCUUUGCUCCUAGCUGCUCGCGCGAGUUGAUGCACGGUCUAGGUGCGCUGCAGAAAGAGACGAAUCUGCCCGUGCAAACUCACAUCUCGGAGAACAAUAACGAGUGUGAUCUGGUCAAAUCCUUGUUCCCGGAAUUCGAUUCGUAUACCGAGGUAUACGAUGGUCAUAACUUGCUUGGUCCUAAAACCAUCCUUGCUCAUGCGAUUCACCUCUCCGAAGAUGAGCUUGAUCUCAUCAAGAAGAGGGAGGGAAAAAUCAGUCAUUGCCCGGUCAGCAACUCGUCAAUUACCUCAGGCACAGCGAGGGUAAGAUGGAUGUUGAAUAAAGGUGUCGAUGUGGGACUUGGCACGGAUAUGAGCGGUGGCUAUAGUCCCAGUGUCCUCGAAGCUGUGAGACAGGCUGCGCUGGUUAGCAACCACGUUGCAAUGGGAGGCGAAGACAUGGCGAAGUUGAGCGCGGAGGAGGGUUUAUAUCUUGCUACGAAAGGAGGAGCAAAAGUAGUGGGACUGGCCGAUAAGAUUGGAGGAUUUGAGGUGGGAAUGGAGUGGGAUGCACAGCUUAUUGGGAUGGGGGUGGUGGGUGGGGAGGAGAAGGGUGAUAUGGGUCCGGUUGACAUUUUUGGGUGGGAGACUUGGGAUGAGAGAAUUGCGAAGUGGGUGUUCAAUGGGGAUGACCGGAAUACUCUCGCUGUAUGGGUCAAGGGACGACUGGUACAUGAGAGGAAGUUCUAG